GACCCCUCACAGCUUUGUUGCCCUUCUCUGGACACACUCCAGGGCCUCGAUGUCAUUCUUGCAGUGUGGGGCUCAGAACUGAACACAGCACUCGAGGUGCGGCCUCCCAGAGCUGAGUACAGAGGGCCGAUCACCUCCCUAGUGCCUCUGGCUGCGCUGCUGCUGAUACAAGCCAGGCUGCCAUGGGCCGACUUGGCCGCCUGGGCACACGGCCGGCUCGUGCUCUGGCUGUCAGCCACCACCCUCAGCUCCCCGUCGCUCGCGCAACUUUCCGUCCGCCCCGCCCAAGCCUGCGGCGAUGCACGGUGUUGUGAUAGAGAGGGGCCGGGCCGCACCCCACCAGCGCCCGCCUCCUCCUUCGUGGCCGGGCCCCGUGCCGAGCCGCGCCGAGCCGUGCCGUAUGGAGGAGCAGCUGCUCCGCGCUCUGGGGGGGCUCAGUCUGCAGCCCCCGCCCCGCCGCUCCCCGCGGCGCUUCGGCAAAACGCUGGUGCUGCUGCGGGGCCUGCCGGGCUCCGGGAAGAGCACGCUGGCCAGACAGCUGAAAUGUGACUAUCCCAGCGCUGUAGUUCUUAGUACUGAUGACUUCUUUUCUAGAAAUGGUGUAUAUGUGUUUGACCCUGACUUCCUAGAGGAUGCACACAAAUGGAACCAGAAGAGAGCACGCAAAGCAAUGAAGAAUGGGAAAAGCCCGGUUAUUAUUGAUAAUACCAACAUCCAUGCUUGGGAAAUGAAGCCAUAUGUGAUGAUGGCACGUGAAUAUAGCUAUGAAGUUAUAUUCCGAGAGCCAGCUACGCCCUGGAAGUUCAAUGUUCGAGAACUGACGAGAAAAAAUAUCCAUGACGUCCCUCGACAAAAGAUACAACAGAUGAAAGAACAAUAUGAGCAUUAUGUUACCUUCCACAGUGUUCUUCACUCUGAAAAACCAAGCAGAGAAGACCAAAGCUCCCCUGGACCAAAUGCAGCCUAUGGCCUGGGUGCCUGUGCCAACCCCCCUGCAGCCUUCUCAAGCAGAAGACCUCGCACGGCACCCACAAACAACCUGGUGUUUUACUGAAGAGGUGCAUUCCUCUGCGUGCUUUUGUUAUCAGGGUGUAACAAUCUCUAGUUUUACAUUUUUUUUUUCUAAACUAUUUUAUUCUUCUAUUUUUCUACUACUUUUCUAAAUGAGACUUUUAUAUCUGAAGUUGUUAAGUGUCACUCCAAUCUGAGUGAUCCAAGACCACUGUCCCUUGCACAAACUGUACAACCUCAUCUCUUCCUUUACUGAAAUGCAUUCAUGCUCAUGGCAAAAUGUGUUACUGGCAGAGCCUCACAUUUGUUUUUCCUUCAUUGCUCUUUCACUUACAGAUAACACCAAACAUUCCUAGAUUCUUACAGACUGUGUGGCCAAUUCCUUCCCUGUGCAGUGGUCACCUCCUGCUAUUCUACUACUUUAUGAUUUUAUGCAUCUUCCCACUCCUUGUCUGGAGCAUUGCUUCUAGCUUUGAGAGAGGUACAGGCACUAAGAUAGUGUAGUAAGAUUUGAUCUUCCGCCUCUUUACAUCUGCUGCCUGGAGUUAUGCUGUUCUUACCUUAGCUCUAAUGCACCCAAACAGCAUCUCCAGCAUCAAGGAGAAAAACACACCAAACUGUGCCUUUAAUCUUGCAGAGAGUGGACUGCCAGAGGAAGCAAUCCUGAAGGGAACACAAGUGUUAGGUGAGCACUCAUUAACUUUGAGAAGGAACAGCACUACAGAAACAGCUCUAAAUAGCUGUAGCACAAGGCUACCAAGUACCUGACCUUGGAAGUACAAACUGUUUUGCACUAAGUAACAACUUAAGAAAGGGCAGAGAGGGAGAGUGGAAGGGAAAAGUGUUUCUAAGGGAGAAAUUAACUCCUUCCACUAUGAAGUGGCUGAAUGAGAAGCAGCAGCCAUCCUGCAAGAGUUUUAUCUGUAUUUUUAAACCCUACUCACAUGCGCUUAUCAAGAAGCCUCACGAAAUGAGAUGCUAAAACUCAACUUUAGUGAUGUUAGUUUUUUAAAGUAGGUACAGAACAUCAGACAGCAGUAAUAGAGCAGGAUGGUAGCAAGCAAGCUGCUUUGCAAUAGGAAAUGAAGGCAGCUCACCCUGGACAUUAGGAGACAUGGGGGUAGCUAUGAUUCAUCUAGCAGUUCAUGGUCAGAGAAGCAUAAGGUGUAAAGGAACACAUAAUGUCUGUGUAAGAGCGAGGCUGCCUGUAGACUCUGUAUCUAUUGCUAAUACUUUUCUAUGUCAUUCUGCUAUGAAUCAAACUUCCAUCAUUACAGCUGCUUUCUAAAACCUUUUUAAGAACUAUAAAGAAAGUUUUAAGGAAAAAGGUACAGAAUUACGCCAGAAUUGCAGAGGGAUAUUUCAGAAUAAAACUGCUGUGAUUGGUUACAAUAAGCUUGGGAGAAUUGUUAAUUUUGCCUUGUUACUCCUGGCAGCCAAACAACCACUCUACUGCUAUCGAGGAUAAAAAAACUGCUCAAGACUGAAACAAAGGCACUGCUGUAAUUUCAGAAUAAGUUAGAAUCAAAGUAAUAGGUUUUAAAACCUUCAGCCACAGCGAUGCUAUUGUAUGCUACAUAUUUGUGCCAUUCAACUCUAAAUUAUUUGCUUUGCAGAUGAAAGGCAUUUCGUGAAUUUUGUAAUGUAACUUUAUUACAAUCAGGCUUUAAUGUACAAAGUAAAAACAUUUAAAUUUGAAAUACACACAGUACUGUACACGUG